UUAAAGCCCAUGCAAGCUGCGCAAGAUCUACGUAGGUGUGUGUUUCUCUGCACACUAGGCGGCCGCUUAAUGGGUGGGCUACCUCUGCUCACCCCUGGUAUAAAGGCACGAUCUUUGCCUCGAAGCGAACUUGGGAGUUGUUGCGCAGAGACCGCUGGCAAGAGACUAAACACUCUUUCCCUUUAAGAGGAGUCCACGCACCCAGCAUGCCUUGGUGUUACUUGGGCUGAACCCAGUGAGACGCCUGAGUUAGUCCAGUGUUGCGAGGAGGACCAGCCGCCGCUGCCGCCGCCGCAAUAACAGCAUGGAAGGGGAUUGCCUGGAUGAUUACAAGGCGUUUGUGGCCCUCCACGGACCCGCCCUCACCGCUUCGGGGAUCCCGCCCCGCUACUGGCAAAGCCUGUGGCACAAGCUGGAAAACGAGGUGUUUGAUGCUGGUGAGUAUUUUGGGAUAAUGCAAGUGGAGGAGGUAGAAGAGGAAGAAGGGGGUGAUGAAGAAAUGGAGGAAGAACUGAAGAAGAAAUCUAAUCCUGGAAAUGAACGCUGCUACAAAGUGAUAGUUACAAAUGAAAUGGGCCUUCAGGCAACAAGAUCUAGUAGCAUUUUUGUUAUUGACCAUGCCUGGACAUACCGUGUUGAACACGCCCGCCAGCAGCUGCUGCAGGUCCCUGGUCUGCUUCACAGAAUGGCCAACUUGAUGGGAAUAUAUUUCCAUGGAGAAGUGCCAGAAGAGGGUGCUGUUGAUCAGGUGUUGGAGGAAAUGUGGAAAUACAACCAGACCUAUCAGCUGUCAAGUGGGACUGCAGAGGAGAAGAUCCCUGUAUGGUACAUUAUGGAUGAAUUUGGAUCCCGAAUCCAGCAUUCUGAUGAGCCCACUUUUGCAACAGCUCCCUUAUUUUACAUGCCACAACAAAUUGCUUAUACUGUUCUCUGGCCCUUAAGAGACCUUGAUACUGGCGAGGAAGUGACCCGUGACUUUGCCUAUGGAGAAACCGAUCAUUUAAUCAGGAAGUGUCGGCUGUUGCCAUGGCUACCCAGUGAGGUUCUAGACAUUAAUUAUUUUACCCCUGAGCCAUCAGAUGAUCACUACCAGGCCAUCUUAAGUGAAAACAAGGAGAAACUCCCUAUUUCAAUAAACCUUCCUGUUUACAACAAGAAUAAAGUCUUCAAAGUUUACACAGAUCUCCAACAGGUACUUCGGAAUCUGACUCACCCCCGUUUUGAAUUUACGGACUCUGAGCAAGAAGCUGAUAUUCUGUACAACUUCUCUCACUUCAAAGAUUACAGGAAACUAAGUGAAGAAAGGCCUCAUGUGAUGCUGAAUCAAUUUCCAUGUGAGAAUCUCUUGACAGUGAAGGAUUGUCUGGCAUCCAUCUCAAGGCGGAUUGGAGGCUCGGAGGGGCCGAAAUGGCUGCCUCGUACUUUUAACCUUCAUACAGAAUUCCCACAGUUCAUUAGUUACUUUCAGCAGCGUGAGAGGAGAGGAGAAGAUAACCAUUGGAUAUGCAAACCCUGGAAUUUGGCCAGGAGCCUGGACACUCAUAUCACGAAGAGUCUUAACAACAUCGUCAGGCAGAGAGAGAACAUCCCUAAGGUGGUGUCCAAGUAUAUUGAGAAUCCAGUGCUGUUCCAUCUCGAAGAUGUGGGACUGGUUAAGUUUGACAUUCGUUACAUUGUGCUGUUGCGGUCAGUUAAGCCACUCAAACUGUAUGUUUAUGAUGUGUUUUGGCUACGGUUCUCAAAUAGGCCAUUUUCACUUGAUGACUUGGAUGAUUAUGAGAAGCAUUUUACUGUCAUGAACUAUGCUCCUGGAGUCUCCUUAAAACAGAUCCACUAUAAUGAAUUUAUUCCUCUCUUUGAGAAACAGUAUCCUGAAUAUUCUUGGAAAUUGGUUGAAGAAGAUAUUUUUAAGGCGUUUGUUGAAUUAUUCCAAGCUGCUUGUGCAAAGCCUGCACCAUUUGGCAUCUGUGAUUAUCCAUCCUCACGAGCCAUAUAUGCCAUUGACCUGAUGCUUAAGUGGAAUACAUCCAGUGAUGGGAAACGGUUUAUGCAGCCUCAGAUCCUGGAGGUGAAUUUCAAUCCCGACUGUGAAAGAGCCUGCAGAUAUCACCCAACAUUUUUCAAUGAUGUUUUCAGCACCCUCUUCCUGGAUGAGCCCAAUGACUGCCAUGUAACCUCUGUUGUGUAGAGCUAUAUGGCUUGGCUAAUUUGUGCGUCACAGUGAGAUGCAAAUAAUUUCAGUUCUAUGAGCUGCUUAUGCAAGUAGUUUUUCUAUACUGGCAAUCAAGACAGUUAUCUAUUCUAUCAUAUGAUAUUCUUUGUAAGCAGCUGUAUGGUUUUAUUUUUACGUGCCAGUCUGUCUGUUAUUUUAUCAGUUUGCUUUCAUAUAGUGUGUGUUUUUAAUUGCAUACUGAAGCUCACAGAAAAUCAGUAGCAAAUCAGUUUUUCUUUUCUGUCUCAGUAGCUAGUAUGUUUUACUUGGUUUCUUGGAGGUAUUUGUACAACUCUUAUCAACCCACUUUGUGUUUCUAUAAUUUACGGCAAAUUUACUGAGGCCAUAAUUUUUCUUAAUAUCAUUGUGUUCCCACCUCUUAAAAUGCUUUGUUUUACAAACUAAUAGGAAGCAAAUUAUUUCAAUUAACUGGAGCCGGCUCAUGUGACUACACAGAUGUCAACUUUAAAUUGUAAUAAACAGUGUCCCCACAAAA